CCGUCUUCCCCGCCCCAGCCUCUAGGGAGCGGGGAGAAGGGAGCGGGGAGAAGCGAGCUGGGACUGUCAGGGAGGACUGUGAGUGCCGCGCGGCCCCAGGAGCCCAAGAGCCGGCUGGGAGGAGGGGUCCUGACGGGUUAGUCGACAGUUUCUAGGCACCGACUCGGUGCGGGACGAGGUAGAGGCAGGUAAACGUGUACGUCUUGGGCCCCAAGAACCUAGUGAUCCAGUGGAACAAGGUCCGGGCGGAGAUCACCGUCCGAAGCUGGGUACCGGCUGGUCCCUGGGACCAGGGAUUAGGAACGUGGAUUGUGAUGGGUCUCGCUCCGCUCCGCUCUGCCCACCAAAGAGUUGAAGGCGGAGAGAAAGUUCUCCCAGGAAGCGCCCAGGCUGGAGAGCCGAACGCCUGGGGAAAGGGUGGCUGAGGGUUAACAAGGCCAAGGGAGCGAAGUGGGACUCCGUCGGCCGUCGGGAGGCGCCAGCGAGGGGUGGCUCGGCGGCGGCGCCCCCAGGACAGCUCCUUUUGACCGAAGUCCGCGGGAGCCUGGCGGGCCCGGGGGGCCGGGGGGAAAUGGGGCUAUUGCCCUCUGCGCCGCAGAGGCGCCGGAGGGGCGGGGACAGGCGGGUGGGGCGGGGCGGGGCGGGGGCGCGGGCGGCUCGGGGCGGGGGCAGAGGCCGGCGGGGAGGGGACGGGAGGAGCGAAGGGGCCUACAGGGCUCUGCCGAAACCGUCAGUGUGAAGUCGGCGGCUGGCAGGACAGGGAUCCAGGGUGGACUGGUUCGCGAGGGAGCCCCGUUCCCAAACAGCCGGAGGAGGCCACCUAGAGGGCUGACAGAGGCAGGGAGGGCCAGCAUGCCCCCAAUGCUGGUCCCCGCCCUGCCGCUUCUCCUGGGCGCCACGCUGACCUUCCGGGCAGCCCGGCACGCGCUCUGCCGCCUGCCCCUGCCAGCGCACGUGCGGGCCGACCCCCUGCGGACCUGGCGCUGGCACAACCUGCUCGUCUCCUUCGCGCAUUCCAUUGUGUCAGGGAUCUGGGCGCUGCUGUGUAUAUGGCAGACUCCUGAGAUGCUGGUGGAGAUUGAGAAAGCAUGGUCGCUUUCUGGCUACCUGCUUGUUUGCUUCUCCGCAGGGUAUUUCAUCCACGACACGGUGGAUAUCGUGAUUAGCCAUCAGUCAAGAGCUUCUUGGGAAUACCUCGUCCACCACGUCAUGGCUAUGGGUGCCUUCUUUUCAGGCAUCUUUUGGAGCAGAUUUGUUGGUGGGGGUGUCCUAACACUGCUGGUGGAGGUCAGCAACAUCUUCCUCACAAUACGCAUGAUGAUGAAGAUCAAUAAUGCUCAGCAUCUCCUCCUCUAUCAGGUCAACAAAUACAUCAACUUGGUCAUGUACUUCCUCUUCCGCCUGGCCCCUCAGGCCUACCUCACCCAUCUCUUCCUGGGUUAUGCUGGCCAGAGGACCCUGGGAACCUUCCUGCUGGCCAUCCUGCUCAUGCUGGAUGUCAUGAUCCUCGUCUACUUUUCCCGCCUCCUCCGCUCCGACUUCUGCCCCCAGCGCGUCCCCAGCCACCAACACAAAGACAAGUUCUUGACUGAGUGAAAAAGCAGUUAGGGAUUUGUGGCAAGGACAGCAAAAACCAAGGCAGCCUCACAGGAAUGGAGAAGAGGCUUAGCCCCUUGCCUGAGAUGUUCUGUGGGGGCCAGCCUCUCCACCAAGCCUGCUCCUACUAUUUAAAACAAUAAUGAAAGAAUGCCUCUGAAGUCCUUGUCCUUUCUUGGGCAAGGGGUGAGGGAAGCAGACAGACUGGUUGGAUGCAGUAGAUGGGUAUGGGGAAAGGUGCUACUGCAAAACCAGCCAAGCCACACAGCCCUGAUAUGGAUGCCAAUGGAACCUCCGGAUACUGGUGUCAUACCAAGCCUCUUCCAGAGGAAGGCAGGCAUUCUUGUAAAGCUUCCUGCUUGGCCUCUUACCUCCAGGAUGGAGGUCAAGUUGUAGUUGUCCUAGGACAACCAACUGUAAUCUGGGUCAUAAACCUCUGCUGCAAGU